UGAAACCAUUCCAUGUUCUAGGCUAUAGGCCUCUCUCCUAAUUGUGACCUAGAUCCCAAUAAAAUACAUUUUAAUUUCAGGAUAAUGAUGAGAGAAAUAAGAAAGGGCUUUGAAUAAAGUGGAUGACGUUACACUGCUUGGUCUUGGAAGCCUAUAAUGAGAGUGACAGAUGGGAUGUUGUGGUUAAGUUUAGUAUCAAAUGAUCGUGUAGAUUCUAUCCUAGCCUGCUGUUCUCCACUCGAUUCCCCAUUACUGACAGAUCAGGUUGAAUUAGCCAUAUAAUAAUAAAUCAAAUAAUCAAUUAUCCUGCCAUAAGGAAAAAUGGAGGGGCCCAUUCAUUGACCUUGGUAGGUCUGGUAAAAAAACGUUUGAUUUGAAUCCAAAAGCACCUUAUGGGAAAUAUCAUUUUAGUCCCUUAGUAGACGCUCUUAUCCAGAGAGACUUAGAGUAGUGAGUGGAAACAUUUACAUACUGGUCCCCUGUGGGAAUCGAACCCACAACCCUGGCGUUGCAAGCGCCAUGCUCUACCAAAUGAGCCACAUCCACGGUAUGCUCUACAAUAGACAUGGUUUUGUCCUCUAUAGGUGACUGUAAUAGGUUACAGCCAACUGUCCGUGUCAAUGCUCCAGAGAUCCUAGCUAAAGCCUAUAUCCGGGCUGAGUCAACAGCUAUGGGGGUGGGUAUUAUGGUUACUCUCUAUCUGUGUGGCCACGGUAGGCCGAGUGUUUGCAUAUUAAGCGGACUGUGUAAUCCCCCGGCCAAGCAGAGUGAGGUGGUGUCGGUGGGCUUUAGUUGGCACUAGAGGCAGUGUGAUGGCUGGAUAACCAGGCCUGUGCAUAGAAUGCAAUACCAUAAUAAAUUAUUGCAUUGUGGGGUUUUCAAGAAGCAUAGGUCUAUAGAACAUGGAAUAGAAUAGAAUAUGUUAGCUAUAUUACUUACUUUCCACUGGCUACAACUAGAAUGAAAUAACUUUAUUUUUCUUAGAGGGAAAUUCAACAGGGCUUUUUAUAUUCAGCAAAUCAAAUAAAUCCAUGAUAACCUAAAACAGACUAUCAAAUAGGUAACAGAUAAAUCAAACGACUUGAAAGUUGGCCAACAUAUCAGAUUUCCAAUAGUCACAUGCUUGUAAUUAAACAUGUGGCUAUAAUAGGCAUUAUAAACUGGGUGGUUUGAGCCCUGAAUUCUGAUUGGCUGAAGGCCAUGGUAUAUCAGACCGUAUACCACGGGUAUGCCAAAACAUGUAUUUUCUCUAAUUAUGUUGGUAACCAGUUUAUAAUAGCAGUAAGGCACCUCGAGGGUUUGUGGUAUAUGGCCAAUAUACCACGGCUAAGGGCUGUAUCCAGGCACUCCACGUUGCGUUGUGCAGAGGAAACAGUCCUUAGCUGUGGUAUAUUGGCUAUAUACCACACCUCCUCGGGCAUUAUUGCUUAAUUGUAACACUGGGGGCCUAGAUAAAAACCAUGGCCAAAUCAAGAUGAGUGUAGCCUUUUUUCUCAUAACCAAAGGCAGGGCCGUCUCUAGCCUUCUGGGGACCCCAAGUGAACACUGUUGUUACGGGUUAACUGUCUGACUCUGGUUUUGUGCGUCCAUUCGCCUGUGUCUCUCUCCACGUGCCUGAUUUACCCGACGACAGACGCUAGACAGUAGUCACCAUGGAGGCGAUAUGGCUGUACCAGUUCCGACUCAUCGUCAUUGGGGACUCGACGGUGGGGAAAUCGUGUUUGAUCCGGCGGUUCACAGAGGGACGCUUCGCCCAGGUGAGCGACCCAACAGUCGGUGUAGAUUUCUUCUCUCGCCUGGUGGAGAUCGAGCCGGGGAGACGGAUCAAGCUACAGAUCUGGGACACCGCGGGACAGGAGCGCUUCAGGUCCAUCACCAGAGCCUACUAUCGUAACUCGGUGGGCGGGCUCCUGCUGUUUGACAUCACAAACCGUCGCUCCUUCCAGAACGUUCAUGAUUGGCUAGAGGAGGCCCGGAGUCACGUCCAACCACACAGCAUCGUGUUCCUAUUGGUCGGACACAAGUGUGACCUGGAGCCUCAGCGUCAGGUGACUCGUCAGGAAGCUGAGAAACUCGCCGGCGCCUACGGGAUGCGUUACGUAGAAACCUCGGCCCGCGACGCCAUCAAUGUGGAGCACGCCUUCACGGAGCUGACCAGGGACAUCUUCCACCUGGUGAGGAGUGGUGACAUCACUAUCCAGGAGGGCUGGGAAGGGGUGAAGAGCGGCUUCGUCCCCAACGUGGUCCACUCCUCCGAGGAGGUCACCAAGAGCGACCGGCGGUGCCUCUGCUGAUCUGGAGGGAUCACUAGAGAGAUCCCUGACUCACGCCUGGUUUCACCUGGGUCCUCCUGGAUCCAUUUCAGCUCUCUAGUUUAGCAAUUUCCCUCUGCUGAUCUGCAUCAGGACGGAGGGAUCCUACCCACAACUACACUACAUGGACAAAAGUAUGUGGACAUAUCAAAUUAGUGGAUUCUGCUAUUUCAGCCACACCCGUUGAUGACAGGUGUAUAAAAUCGAGCACACUGCCAUGCAAUCUCAAUAGACAAAACUUGGCAGUAGAAUGGCCCGUACUGAAGAGCUCAGUGACUUUCAAUAUGGCACCAUCAUAGGAUGCCACCUUUCCAACAAGUCAGUUUGUAAUAAUUCUGCCCUGCAAGAGCUGCUCCAGUCAACUGUAAGUGCUGUUAUUGUGAUGUGGAAACAUCUAGGAGCAACAGUGGCUCAGCUGCGAAGUGGUAAGCCACACAAGCUCACAGGUUGUCGAGAUCGGUGUGGAAGAACUUGACUGGCCUGCACAGAACCCUGACCUCAACCCCAUCGAACACCUUUGGGAUGAAUUGGAAUGCAGAGUGCGAGCCAGGCCUAAUCGCCCAACAUCAGUGCCCGACCUCACUAAUGCUUGUGGUUGAAUGGAAGCAAGUCCCUGCAGCAAUGUUCCAACAUCUAGUGGAAAGCCUUCCCAGAAGAGUGGAGGCUAUUAUAGCAUCAAAGGGGAGACCAACUCCAUAUUAAUGCCCAUGAUUUUGGAAUGAGAUGUUUGACUAGCAGGUGUCCACAGACUUUUGGCCAUGUAGUAUAGAUCCCUGGUUUCCCCAUCUCCUUUCUUCCAAUAUGCAAUCCCAUAACACAAUUUAUACAGCCAGAAAGCAUCGUACACCAUAGUUGGGCAAGGUUUGGCCAAAACGACAUUCUAUUUGACUCAGUUUAAAGGAGACUAAGAUGGAGGGGGCUCUCAGUCUCUCCCCUCCCCCCGAAGGAAACUAAAUCUGGUCUCAAAAACUCUGUGGUUCUCUACUUUCUUUCACCCAUCAUCCAACUACCACUGUACAAUCCCUAUCCAAUACCAUAAUGGACUUUAUGGACCCUUUGGACAGGGAUGUAAGGGAACGACUGUUUGACUGACAGUACAGGUGGACAAAGUGACUCCAGGGACGUAUUCACUUCACAUCAAACGGAGGAAAUGGACAAAACAGGAAGGGACAACCUGAACCAAUAAGAAACUCCUGUUUUUUUUAGCAAAACAUGUUGUUUUUUUAUGGUGUGCACUAAUGAAUACGACCCAGUAAAAGGUGGACUAUAAGGGGAUAUUAGGCAUCCCUGAGUACCGGUACAUAACCUGUCCUCUUUGCAAGAAUCCAAAUCUCUGAGGAGGGUCAAACUGACAACAGGGGAGGACUAUUUAUUUUAGUACGUUUGAACAAUGACUCAUAAUGACUCUGGAACUUGUCCUCCUAGUGAUUCUGGAAUCUAGCGGAGGAACCCAUGGUAACAGUGGAGAGACAGCUAGGAGAACAUACUCUAAAAACACCACAUUACCUAUAAUUCCACACCUGCGGACAUCUAAAUUACAGUUAACUAUAUAGAUACAACAAGUAUGGCAACAGACAUGUGCAUUCAAUAUCUUAAAUCAGUAUAGAAAUAAGGAUUGUCAUUCCAAAAAUAAAAUCACAUUUUGUUAAUGACUAAGACGAUGUAACAAUAACCUUUCUGGUUUGGUAACUGAAACAUGAAAUGGUUUGGGCACAAUAGGUGGAGGGACAGAACUUGCUGCGUUGUAACAAAUGGUGUCCUACAUUUUAUUUUCAGUUGAAGAUGUUUUGUAGCCACUGUGUUCAAGGUCAAUUUCUUUCUCAUCAGAAAAAACUAUGAUUCCUUCGUCUCUGAGGGAUGAGAUUGAAAUAAGAUUGUGUUCAUAAUCUGAUCAAGUUAUUUGUUGGUUCGGGGAAGCACCAUUGCUUUCCUCUGAAUGAGUGAGUGUAUACUACUGAUUCUCUAGGGCACCUUUUCAUCUACUUGAUUUGUGUAAUAACUGCAAGGAUGAACUGCUAUCAUCCACCUUUUCUAAAGAGUGAUGCAUUAUCGUAUGUCAAUCUAACAUUUAAGGGCCAGGGGAGCUGGGGUGAUUGUGUACAUCUAUCAUGUAGGAUUACCCUUGACAAGGAAGAGUGGAUGGUAAACGUUCUCAAAUCAUCAAAUCUGGGACAAGUCUUGACGAGGGACUUUUCGCUCCUUUACGACUUGGAUCAAGAAGGGACUUCUUUGGGUUACUAUGUGCUUUUCCCAGUUCCGUGGACAUUCUGGUUCUAGAAGAGUUCCGUGGACAUUCUCGUUCUAGAACAGAAUCGUGGACAUCAUGAUGUUCCACCCAUCGAAUUAGAACAGAGUAGAAUUCUAUUCAGUGCUCAUAACUGAACAACCGUGGCUUCACCAAUCUCCACACACUUAAAAUCUCCUCCAAUGCUUAUACCGUAUCAGUGUAGUCUGUCUAGACAGCUGGGUUGAGACUAGUAUCAGAGGGUUUAAGGAGUUUGGAUCAGGUUGCUCCUCAACAUCUAAUAAGACACUAUGUAGGAGUAAGGUCUCUAACCACAGAUCUAGGAUCAAAUUACCAGAACCCCCAGCACUAACCUUUACCAGUAGACUAAAGAAAGACAUCGGAUCCUGUAUCAGUUCUUGGAGGCAACUUCUACUAUGUCACACGCAAGCAGACGUGGGGCGCGUCCAGCAACGUUUUGGAAAGUUCAGAUAGAAAUAUGCUCUGUGGCAUAUAGAACAAUGUUCCACGUCAGCUCUAUUCAUGGAAAUCCUAACUACAGCGUUCGACAACGUCGGCUACUGAAAGUGGACAAGCAGUUACUUAAUCUGAUGAAACCAGACAUAAUGAAGGGAAACAAAAGAGAAGCGCUGGGAAAUCAGUUGGAUACCAGACUAGCUGUUGCUCAUAAACAAUAUAACACGCAAGUAGACCAUCAAAUGUACAGCAUUACUAGGGUCGUAUUCAUUGGGCACCCAACGGAAGACAACAGACUGAAACAGAGAGGAAACUACCCUCUCUGUUUUGCAACGUUGUGCCCUAAUGAAUACGACCCAGGAUGAAUUUCAUUUUACAUCUUUUCAUUUUACUCGAUGGUAUCUUUGAUUUGUCUUCUUCUCUUUAUCUCCAAGCUGUACAAUACCAUGUAUCUACUGUUCAUUCAAUUCAACAUCUACGGAACUUUCUGGGCCACUACUAUUCUAUCAAAACAACUUGAAAUGUACUAAAAAAAUAAAUACAAAAUGUGACCGGUAAAACA